GUUGAAUCAAUAUAGAUCUUAUAACAAGACUGAGGAUGGUUUAUACAUCAGAAAACUUACAAUAUGAAAUAAAAUCUAUCGUUGUCAGAUCGACACGCUUCAAGACCUCAUGCAUGACAUGAGAUUUCCGUUAAGAUCAUCGUAAUAUAUUGAUCAAAUAAUUGGGACAACCAUGAGAUUGGAUGAUCUUAACGGAAAUCUUAUGUAUGAGGUCUUAAAGCGUGUCGACCUAGACAACUUAAUGAAUGUUUCCUCAGUGUGUAGAUUCUUGAAUGUGGCAGCCCAAGAUGAGUGGAUCUGGUACCGGCUCUGUAUGCCUCUCUUGAAUGGCAACAACAUCGACGUGAAUGACCUCACAUCUGCAAUCUUGACCUUUGGCGGCUUCCGAAAGCUAUACGCCGUUUACUUGAGGCCGAUAUCUAGGCCAAUGGCUUCCAUCAAACGAAACAGUCGAAGAAAAAUGGCUGCAACUAGGUCUACAUUUCUAGGCUCCAUCUUCAGAACCGUCAAAGCACGAAUUUUGAUCUCACCCAUCGCUAGAAUCUCUCUACUAAACCCUAAUUUCACUUCCUCUCGCUUCCACACUUCUUCUUCUUCUCUUCGUCAGUCUCGAAUCGAAGGUUCUAUUCCAAGAAGUUUUCUUCCGCAAGACCUUAGCAUCCAUGGACGAUUUCAUAGUGUCAUUGCUUCCACUUGUACCUCUUCUCAAGGUCGAUUCGCAUGUAUUUCUAUGUAUAUGCCAUACGCAACUUCAGUUCCAACACGUUCACUUAGAAGGAGAAUCAGCAAUAGAAAGAAAUCGAUUACGAAACCAGUCCUUAAUGAAUCAAAGUUUCAAGAAACGAUUACAAAGCUUCCACCAAGAUUUACCCCUGAAGAACUAGCUGAUGCUAUAACUCUUGAAGAAGAUCCGUUUCUGUGUUUCCAUCUCUUUAACUGGGCGUCGCAGCAGCCAAGGUUUAAGCAUGUGAAUUGCUCUUACCAUAUCGCGAUUCGGAAGCUCGGUGCUGCGAAAAUGUAUAAAGAAAUGGAUGAUAUUGUGAACCAAGUACUCUCGGUUCGUCAUAUUGGUAAUGAGAAUUUAUACAAUUCGAUCAUCUUCUAUUUCACGAAAGCCGGGAAGUUGAUACGUGCUGUGAAUAUAUUUAGACACAUGGUGACUAGUAUGAACUUGGAAUGCAGACCAACGAUUAGAACAUAUCAUAUUCUCUUCAAAGCCUUGUUGGGUCGAGGUAACAACUCUUACACAAGCCAUAUGUAUAUGGAGACAGUAAGAUCUUUGUUUCGACAAAUGGUGGAUAGUGGGAUUGAACCAGACGUAUUCGCUUUGAACUGUUUGGUUAAAGGUUACGUGCUCUCGCUUCACGUCAAUGAUGCUCUUAGGAUAUUUCAUCAGAUGAGUGUUGUUUACAAUUGCCAGCCGAAUUCGUUUACUUAUGAUUAUCUAAUACAUGGGUUAUGUGCACAAGGUAGGACCAUUAAUGCUAGAGAGUUGCUUAAUGAGAUGAAAGGAAAAGGCUUUGUUCCUAAUGGGAAAUCUUAUAACUCUCUGGUUAAUGCUUUUGCGCUUACCGGUGAAAUCGAUGACGCGGUGAAAUGUUUGUGGGAGAUGAUUGAGAACAGUCGUGUGGUUGAUUUUAUUACGUAUAGAACACUUGUUGAUGAGAGUUGUAGGAAAGGGAAGUAUGAUGAAGCGACGAGAGUAUUGGAGAUGUUGCGAGAGAAACAGCUUGUGGAUAGAGAUUCUUAUGAGAAGCUUGUGAAUGUUCUUCACAAGGAUUUCCUUUCCUUGAAACGACGUCGUUUGGAAACCGAGCCGCUUCUUUUAUUCUUUGUCUCGUCGUCUCUGCUUAUUGAAUCUCCGGCGGCUUCAACCGGCGACUCUCCGGCGAAAGAAUUUGAGAAGAUGGGUCGAUACAAAGAUGAAUCUCCAGCGGUUAGGGUUUAUACAGUUUGCGAUGAAUCAAGAUACUUGAUAGUACGUAAUGUCCCAGCUUUGGGUUGUGGUGAUGAUCUCAUGAGAUUAUUCAUGACUUAUGGAGAAGUUGAAGAAUGUAAACCUAUGGAUGCAGAAGACUGUGCGGAGUUCACCGAUGUCUACUGGAUCAAGUUUCGUCUCAUCACUAACGCCAGAUUUGCAAAGAGGAAAUUGGAUGAAUCAACUUUUUUGGGAAAUCGGCUCCAAAUUUCAUAUGCUCCUGAAUACGAGAGCGUCAGUGACACAAAGGAUAAGUUAGAAACUAGGAGGAAAGAAGUGCUUGCAAGACUGAACCCCCAGAAAGCAAAGAUUACCUCCCAAGUUACAAAAUUGGCUGGACCAGCUUUGACCCAAACGGACAAUUUUUCUCCACAGCGGAGAGAGAUGGAGUACCAAUUCCAUAGAGGCAGUGCUCCUGUUACUCGAGUUUCAUCUGACCAGGAGUAUUUUGCGUCGUCUUCAAUGAAUCAAACGGUUAAAACUGUGCGGGAGAAACUCAAUAAGAUUGAAGAAAGUGGUAACCAAAAGAGAUUACAACCAAGCAGCCAAACACAACCUGACUUGAAGAGAACCCGAGUCGAUAACCGAAGAAGAAUAUAACACACUUUUGUUUUGUUUAUGUUUUUCAUUGAAAAUCUUGUUUACUACUUGAUCAUAAUAGUGUUCUUGCAAGAUAUAAUUGUGAAUAUUGUAUGUAAUUUGUGCGUUUCUUGAAAACUUGUUACAGUCAACCUGAAACCAGUACUUCUCUUUCUCUGUUCAGUCUCAAUUUCUUGCUCCAGAAACAAAUCAAACCAUACAAA